UUAAGCUUAUUGAGCACACGCAGAAUGGCCGAAAAAUUUGCAGCUGACGAUAACAACAACAAUGGGGAUGUGGAUAGCCUGCAUUAUGAAGUACAGGAGAGUUUCCCGUUUCACGUGCAACCGCUGCUCGCUCCCAAUUGCUCGGAAUACGCCGUGGCGCACUCGAAUGUGAGCUUGAAACCAGCGUGUCAGAUGAGGGAGGUUUCAUUUCUACCGCAUAUUAUGAACGCCAUGAGAAAGUUACGGCUGAUGCAGGUGCUGCGAGUUCAGAGUUAUGCGUGGCCAUAUCUGAACCAAGGCUCGGAUCACGGCGUCGUCAUCGUAAGUGCUCCGCGCAGUGGACGCACCCUGAGCUAUGUGCCGCCACUUUGCCAAAUGGUGUGCAAAUCCCUGGCGGAGCAGCGCUGCCGUCGUCGCUGGGAACUGAAGGGUCCCAUUGCGGUGGUGCUUGCUGCGGAUCUGGGUCGAGUGCGGCAGCUUGGCGGUUUGUGCAACAUGAUGCUGCGCAAGGCCAAGAACGAGGAGUGGCUGACUCUGGUGCUGACGGUGCCCUCGGCUCAAACACAGGAGUUCUUUCUACGUUGGCUUAAUGGUGUUGGCUGCCUGGUGGCGACACCUGCCCAGUUUCUCUGGUUGUGCAGCUCUGAUCUUCUCAAGAUGCCAAACUUGCGGUUCGUUGCCUACGAUGAUGUAGAUCUAAUGCAGCCGGAGCAGCUGCUCCAGGUGCAUCAGCAGCUGUUGAACCUGACCAGGAAACAGCGUCCACAGUUGGUGAUCACCUCACAGUCGUACAAUCACAAACUGCUCAAAAUGCUGCAGGAGUUUAAUGCCCAUCCCAUGCUCCUUUUUGGCGAUAUAUUGGAGGCAGCGGUCUAUGGAGGCGUACGCAUGCGUAUGUUGCUCCGGAAAAGCGAGACAAAACAUGAGGAGCUGCUACGUCUGCUCCAACAGCGAUCUCCACAUCUACUGCGCACUGUCAUCAACUGCCACACUGAUGCGGAAAUCUCUGAUCUUGUAAAGAUUUUGGAGGCACAUGGCUACAGGUGUUUACCGUACUAUCAGACAGCUGGAAUGGAGGUGCGUGAUCAUGUGCUCCGCUGGAUGCGGAACACACGGGGCGAGCUGCUGCUCUGCACCGAUGACUGUCCCGAAUUGAACAUCCGCCAUGCCGAGACCCUGAUCCACUACAGUCUCAGCGAUAGCUGGAGCAAGUUCAAGUUACGUCAUCUAUCAUUAGCCGACAAUUUACGCAAUCAAUUUGAACAAUCUCUGGCAGAAGGGUCUGUGGAGCAGAGCACUGACAAGGAUUACAAGUCGGAUGGCUUACUUUCGCUGGUUUUCCUAGACCAGACCAACCAUAAUCAGAUGCCGCGUCUUGUGGACUUUCUGCAAAUGCAUCAGCGGGUUGAGGAGCCCAUCGUUCUCCUGGCUCGCCAGCUACGCAAUCAAUUGGAAAGCCUCAAGUGCAACGAACCAGCCUUGUGUGAUGUCCUGCUUAGCCUGGGACAUUGCGGCGACACUCUGUGUAACCAACGUCAUCAGCUGCUGCCUUACGAUCGUCUGUUGCCACCACAGAUGCCAACCCAGGGCGAUGUGAAGCUGCAGCUGGUCAAAGUCUAUUCGCCAACACAUUACUGUGUGCGUCUGCUGGAGCAUUUACUUCCUGGCGGCAACUGGAAGCCUUUACCUCGCCAGCCGGCGCUGGAAAUGAAACUGCAGCUGCUGCAAUCACAGAAUUGUUGUCGUCAUUGGCCGCCCAAGGCCAAAGAGAUCUGCACCUACCGCAAUGAGUAUGGAUACGAGCGUGUUCGUAUACUUCGUGUGGCACCCAUUGAACGGGUGAAUCUGUCAAGAACUGACGUGGCUGUGGAGGUGCAGGCAUUGGAUGUCGAUACACGUCUGAUUCUAACCACCAGCGGCAAGCUAUACGUUUGUCCGGAGGAAUUACGUAAUGCCCUACCGUUGGCAAUUGAUCUGCGCAUCCUAGGAAUGGUGCCGUACACUGGCGAGCGCAGUUGGCAUGAGGAGGAUGGUCGUCAGUGCGCCGACUGGUUAAAUGCUGUGCCCCAGCCUAAUAUUCUGCAGGCUAGCAUUGCUAUGUCACUCUCACACACGAUCUUUGUGCACAAUUUGGGUGUGACAAGCUAUGCGCCUAGUCUCCAGAUGCAUGUGCGACUUUUCAACAUGUGCCAGCAACUGACACGCAAAAAACUGGCCAAGAAAUGUGAUCAGGCAGUUGAUAAACUCAUGAAAUUCUUAGUAGACGACCAGAUAAAGGAGCAACAACAGUCUGCUGUAGAACAUCCUGUGGAGAAACAUCUCGAGAUACAACAACCCGAGAAGCAGAAGCAAAUAACAAAGACGACAGCAGUCAAAGCUCCCGCAGGAAGACUCAGUUUCUUUGCCAAAAUGGCCCUGCAGUUGGGCAAAGAAAAUAGAUUACGGUUAGAGCAGCAGAAGCAACAGAAGGAAUUGGAUCAGAAUGCCUUAAAAGACAAAGAGACGGAUUACAGUGUAGAAUCUUUGUAUAAUUGUUUAAUGAACUGCUCGUUGUUGGAUUUGCAGGAGCAGCAGCUAUCAGCUGUCGAUUGCAAUGUGCCAGAAGAAUUACUCAAACAGAUAAUAGAACCAAAGUUGAAGACAGCGAAGCUGCCUCAGGUUGAGCAACAACGGAACAAAAGUAAGACAACUGCAGCUGUAGUUACACAGAAAGCUCUGGAUCUACAAUGUCAGACGCCGCCGAAUGUAGUGCGACCCGAGGUGGUAUAUUACCAAACGGCUUGCACAUUAGAACUGCAGGUAAUUCUUCCCGAAGCCGAUAUGCAGUACGGGGCACUGCUGCACAAUGGACGCUGCAUUUGCUUCUGGACACUUGGAACGUCAGAGUCGGUCACAUAUCAGUUUACACUGAACACCCAUUGUCCUUACCAGAGUCUUAGCCACCACAUGCAAGGUCGCACCGUUUACUUGAGCAUCCUCAAGGCACUGGCCGAAACUUAUCCACUUGAAUUCAGUUUCUACAAAUUCAUGAAACCGCAACACGAGAAGCUUAACGGUUUGGAGGAACAGCGUAGAUCACAUGUGUCCAAUUUUGAGAAAUAUCUGUUGCACAAGGGCUACAUUAAUGGUAGAUCUGUAAAAUAUAGCGACGAUGAACAUGAUUUCAGUAGUGAUGAUCAGUCGGAGGAAUUCAUUCCUGAAGCCUGCCCUGAGAGUGUGGAACGGCCCAUUGAUCUGUCCGAGCUAAUUUGCGAUUAGUUAAACACUUAACAGUAAGAUAAAACUGUUAUAACAAAAAAAAAAAAAACAAAAACCUAAUCAUAACCGUAACCGCGAACCAGUAAUAGCCGAUUGGUAACCGUAACUGAAACCCUAACCGAAACAAUACUCGUUUAUUAUACCGAAACCGAAAAACCGAUAAUAAAUAAUUCAUGUUAAUUUCCAUUAUGUUGUUAAGGUGUAAUCAUUGUUUUUCAAAUCAAUUUUGAUUUAUUAUUUG